GGCAGAAAGAUGGCUUUUAUGGUGAAGCACAUGGUGGGAGGCCAGCUGAAAAACCUCACGGGGGGAAAUGAAGAAAAACCAGAAGCAGAGAAAUCAGACGCCGCGGCGAACGGGAUGACCCAGGAGGAGUUUGAACAAUACCAACAACAGUUAGAAGAAGAAAAACAAGAACGAGAUGCUAGCUUUGCUCAGAAGAAGGCUGAGAGGGCAACAGUCAGAAGUCACUUCCGAGAUAAAUACAAACUCUCAAAGAACGAGCUGGAUGAGACCCAGAUCCAGCAGGCGGGGGAUGACGUGGAGCUGCCCACAGAGCUGGCUAAGAUGAUCGCCGAGGACAACCAGGAGGAAGAGAGCAAACAGUCUGUGCUGGGUCAGCUGACCAACAUCCAGAACGUUGAUUUAGACCAGCUGAAGGACAAGGCCCAAGCCACGCUGGAGGACCUGAAAAACUCAGCCGAGAAGUGCAAUCUCAUGUGAUGUGAUGGGGAUGCCAGGUCCAUCCCCCU